AUGGGUGACAUGGGAGGAACUGGUGAUUUGGGAGGUAAUGGCUCGGUGGCUGUGGAGGAUGAAGAUGGUGAUGCUCGGGAAUCUCUAGAUCGUGGACCAGAAGUUCCUCCACUUUCUGUCAGGCAGGAGGAUGUAGGGAACAAGAGACAUGUUGUGAUUCCUCAGAGAGACUAUGAAUCGAAGUGGCAAAACUUCAGAUUUGCACUAAUCGGUAGAGUCAACUUUCGAUUGAUUUCUUUGGACACCUUGCGAAUGGAGGCUCAAGAAAAAUGGAACUUAAGCCAAGGGAUUUUAAUGCAUUUGCUGGGAAAGGGAUACAUUAUUUUUCAGUUUCAGUGCCAGGGUGAUAAGGUUGCAGUGUGGCGGAGGAGCCCUGUUAGGGUUAGGGAACAAGUUAUUCGUUUCCAUCAUUGGAAGCCUGAUUUUAAUAUUCAUGAGAAACAGUCCUUGACGAAGCUUGUAUGGAUUCGUUUUCUUGAUCUACCUCUUGAAUACUGGCACAAAAACAUUCUAUUGUCUAUUGCAAAGGUAGUAGGACAUCCUGUCGCUCUGGAUAGGCAAACUAGACAAGGUCUUCUUGGAUACUUUGCAAGAGUCUUGGUAGAGAUUGACAUUUCUGAUUCGGCAGUGAGGGUGGAGGAAGUUCAGGUUGAGAGACUUGAACCAGGACCCUCUCAGGUGUUCGGUUUCUGUCAAAAGGUGGUAUAUGAAGAUAAGGUGGAGCGCUGUGGUAUUGCAAGUGUGUGGAUCACUUGA